CUUCAUUAAAAAUUACCUAUGCAUAAAUAUUUAAUAAUAUUAAUUCAUAUUAAAAUAGUCUGUUUAAAAUGUGUAACUAUUUCGUGGUUCAGUGACGGUGAUUCCAGCAGGCCGUACGACGUCACACAACGCAUCAAGACUAAAAUUGACGACCCUGAAGUUUUUAAAAAUAUUCUACAAUUUUUAGAAAACAACAAUAAAAUUAGUGGCACUGCUGAUACUAAUCUUAAUUAUAACGAGGAAACUGUUAAAAGGAUCAGCAACUUCCUCGGAGAUGAUAUUUCUAAAAUUAUAAUACAUAUAGCGAGGAUGGCAAGUUUAGAAUCCGCAAAAACAAAGGCAUUUGAGGAUUAUAAUUUAAACGUCAGUUCAAAUGCAAUUCUUGAACACAUCGCACAAAUCUUGGAAUCACAACCAAAAGGAUUUAACUAUGAAAAAAUAAGAGAAUCAAUAUACAAGUGGGCUUCGUUCUAUUUAUCAGACGAACAAAAUUACAAAUCGAUGAAAAAUAAUAAAUAACAAUUUUUUAUUCAAUUGGGUUCAUACUUGAUAGGGUUAUAUAUUCCUUUCAUCUACGA